AUGUCUUGCCCUUGCUUGUUCUCUCUCUCUCUCUCUCUCUCUCUUGCUUUCUUUUUACUCUUUCUGGCUCUGUCGACUCUGCAGGAGGACGAGUAUAAUGUGGUUUUGCCUUCUGCUCCGAGGAUAAUGAGGCGGGAUCGAGGGCAUGAUGCCGAUGGUGACAAUGGGGAGGGUGGUGGUGGUGGGACUGAUGAUGCCGGUGGUGGUGGUGGUGGUGGUGGGAAUGAUGAUGCCGGCUGUGGUGGAGAAGGAGGACGAGGAGGGAGUCACAACUCAUCUCCAUCCGAUAGAACAUCACGUUCUCGGAGUGAGGCUCCUGAUCCUAUCAACUUGAUGAUGUUUGGGCUACUAUCAGCUACCGGUGAAAACCCUUAUUACGAUCCAGACCAAUAA